AUGAAGGAAUCUCCACACAAGAUAGACUUUAAAGAUGGAAUAUUUGAUAACUGUUUACAAAAGUUAAUUAAAGAUGGGAUAGGGCAGGAAAAUAUGAAUAUGCAGGAAGUCUGGGUUAUGGAAAUCAACCCAAAAGACUCCUCAAAGGUGAAUGGCAUGCUAAGGGAACUGAAAAAUUUCCAUUUAUUGCCUUUCCUAAAGAAGUUUCAAAAAAGGACAGUUGAAUCUGAAACAGGAAAUAGCACUGUGUUGGAUGUUUUGAUCGGAGAAACUUCAAAACUACAAUCAGAGGAGGAAGUGAAUGCAUUGCUUAAAGUAGACGGAAAACUACGAAGGGUUAACGUUCCGUCAAACUAUCCACCAACAAAGGAAUUAUGUACUGAGUGGUCAAAGAUUUGGCCAAUCGUUUGGAAGGGUAACCCGAUAGUUCAAGAGUUGAAUAGUAUACGGCUUGAUAUCCAGGAAAUAAGUGAAAACUUGAGGAAGAUAAGUGAGCUAUCAGUUUCUCCACCUUUGAAAGAUGAGUUGCCAAUUUUCACAAUGGUAGCCGAUCGAAAGGGCAAGGUCUUGACUAUCAAACAGGAUGAGCGUAAAAAUCAUCAACUCCAUCAUAGUACAAUGUUAGCGAUCAGAGAUGUUGCCAAAUUGCAACAGAACGACCCCAAAAGUUAUCUCUUGUUAGACUGUGUUAUAUAUACCACUCAUGAGCCGUGUCCAAUGUGCUGUAUGGCUUUGCUGCACUCACGGAUUGAACGUCUCGUAUUUUUGAAAGACAUGACCACUGGUGGUUUGAAGUUUCAUGAGGGAUACGGUUACGGAAUUCAAACGGCUUGCACUUUAAACUGGAAAUUUGAUGCUUACCGGUGGUGUGGAGACGAAAUCCCUGUUGGUAUAGUGGAUGAUUUGGCCUAUGCAUAA